UUCGGGAUUCAGGCCCAGGAAACGUACGUCACGGGGGAACUGGGCCAUUCGGCCUUAGUGUUGACGCGUCGCUUAGCAACCGGGAGGCUUACCUUUGGAAGCUUGUUGCAGCUUUUGCCGCGGUCCUUCGCUCUUCCCGCCCCUCCCCUCCCCUCAACUCCCUUCACCUAGGAGCUGCCAAACAUCUGGAUCAACCUGGGCGCUACGAGGGGUUGAAUUUCUACCAGUAUCGCGCCUUUUUACAUUUUUUUUUCCCCGAACUCCUUCUCACAUCCGUAAAACCCACUGCUUCUUUUACUACACGUUUUAUGAGAACAAGACAUUUUCUAGGAAGAUGGUGGCAGAAAAAGAGACCCUGAGCUUAAACAAAUGCCCAGACAAGAUGCCGAAGAGGACCAAGCUGCUGGCACAACAGCCGCUCCCGGUGCACCAGCCUCACUCCCUGGUUUCUGAGGGCUUCACAGUCAAAGCCAUGAUGAAAAACUCAGUCGUGAGAGGCCCGCCAGUUGCAGGAGCAUUUAAAGAAAGACCAACGAAGCCCACAGCAUUUCGAAAAUUUUAUGAACGAGGAGAUUUCCCCAUUGCCCUUGAGCAUGAUUCGAAAGGAAACAAAAUCGCGUGGAAGGUGGAAAUUGAGAAGCUGGAUUACCAUCAUUAUUUGCCUCUGUUUUUUGAGGGGCUCUGUGAAAUGACAUUUCCCUACGAGUUUUUUGCCCGGCAAGGAAUCCACGACAUGCUGGAACACGGGGGGAACAAGAUUCUUCCUGUCAUUCCACAGCUCAUUAUCCCGAUAAAAAAUGCCUUGAAUCUUCGAAAUCGACAGGUCAUUUGCGUCACCCUCAAAGUUCUCCAACAUCUGGUUGUGUCAGCUGAGAUGGUGGGUGAAGCUCUGGUGCCCUAUUACCGUCAAAUCCUCCCCAUCCUGAACAUCUUUAAGAAUAUGAAUGUUAACUCAGGAGACGGCAUCGACUACAGCCAGCAGAAGAGGGAGAACAUCGGUGACCUGAUCCAGGAGACGCUGGAGGUCCUGGAGCGCUACGGAGGAGAAGACGCCUUCAUCAACAUCAAGUACAUGGUCCCCACCUACGAGUCGUGCUUGCUGAACUAGAGGCAGGAACAGCUGGGAUGGGGGAGGGCUUGCCUUAGUGCCCAGAUCAUCUGUCUCUGCUGCUUUUAGCAUCUCAUUACUUGUGACUUCCACAGCUUUCUUUUCUACAGCUGCUAAAAUAGUGGCUCAUGGGCCGUUGGACCAUUAGCCCCAUUGAGAGCAAAGUUUUCCAAUACAUAAAUAGUGCCUGUUUCUUAGAUUACAAUAGCGUACUGUGCUUAUUUGUUCUAAGAGAAGAAUUGCUUCUUUAUACAACUCGGACAGAAGCAGGAGUCCGAGUCAAACCUUCAGUUGUAUAGACAAUAAAACUAUAAUUUUCAUGCGCAGUUCAGCGAUAGCUGUUAUGUGUCUGCUUGCCCUGAGGCUGAUGUCAGAGGUUGUAAGGGGAGGACUGAUGCCGCCCGCCUAAUAGGUGUUUGUCGUGGCCGAGCAGCACCUCUCCGGCAGCUGUGCGGAACAAUGUUCUCCGACAUUCAAUAAAACCAUCGAGUCUGUUUCAAUUGAGCAA